UCUCUCUAUCUCUCUCUGUUUACAUCUGUAUCUGUCCAUCUUUCUGUUUCCCUUAAUAGGUCCUACAAAAACUCUCUUUAUUUCUAGCACGCUGUCUCUCUGUUUUUGUGUCUAUUUCUGCUGUACAUUUCCUGUCAAGUUAUGACACGGCCCAAAUUCAGGCCCUGUCCGUAUUGCCAGACUCCUAAUCAGGCAAGCAGGAAAACUUGUCAUGUCUGCUUUGGAAGUCUGUACAUUAAACAAAGAAUAAAAGACAGAGUGGUGUCUCUGGACAGCCGGUGGGGGCAAUCUGUGGUGAACAGCAGAAAUACUGGACGUAUCAUUGAUUCUGCCCGUAUUGCAGUGUGCAAACUUGAGGCAGUGGGUUACAAGCCCAUUUUAUUUAUUGGCAAACAAAAUAAAAAGGCUUCAAAUAAGUGGGUUGCAGACAUAAUUACCCAUCUGCAGCCCACUCCUGUCACAAGAAGUUGUUUGGAGAAGAUGCAAAGGGCUUAUGAAUUUAUCCUGACUAAAGGAACCUCCAUGGGAAAACAACUGGACAAAGACAUUCUCGUAGCAGAGCAGCACAACAGUCGCAGUCAGGAGCAGUGCAACGGUUCCAUUUUGGAGCUGGAGAGCCUCACCGUGGAGCAGCUGGAGAGCCUCACUGUAGAGCAGCCGGAGAGCCUCACCGUGGAGCGGCCGGAGAGCCUCACUGUAGAGCGGCCGGAGAGCCUCACUGUAGAGCGGCCGGAGAGCCUCACUGUAGAGCGGCCGGAGAGCCUCACUGUAGAGCGGCCGGAGAGCCUCACUGUAGAGCGGCCGCAGAGCCUCACCGUGGAGCGGCCGCAGAGCCUCACUGUAGAGCGGCCGGAGAGCCUCACUGUAGAGCGGCCGGAGAGCCUCACUGUAGAGCGGCCGGAGAGGCUCACUGUAGAGCGGCCGGAGAGCCUCACUGUAGAGCGGCCGGAGAGCCUCACUGUAGAGCGGCCGGAGAGCCUCACUGUAGAGCGGCCGGAGAGCCUCACCGUGGAGCGGCCGCAGAGCCUCACUGUAGAGCGGCCGGAGAGCCUCACUGUAGAGCGGCCGGAGAGCCUCACUGUAGAGCGGCCGGAGAGGCUCACUGUAGAGUGGUCGGAGAGCCUCACUGUAGAGCGGCCGGAGAGCCUCACUGUAGAGCAGCCGAAGAGCCUCACUGUAGAGCGACUGGAGAGCCUCAGCAUAAAACAGGAAAGCCUCACUGUGGAGCGACCGGAGAGCCUCACUGUAGAGCGGCCGAAGAGCCUCACUGUAGAGCGGCUGGAGAGCCUCAGCAUAAAACAGGAAAGCCUCACUGUGGAGCGGCCGGAGAGCCUCACUGUAGAGUGGCCGGAGAGCCUCACUCUAGAGCGGCCGAAGAGCCUCACUCUAGAGCGGCCGGAGAGCCUCACUCUAGAGCGGCCGGAGAGCCUCACUCUAGAGCGGCCGGAGAGCCUCAGCAUAAAACAGGAAAGCCUCACUGUGGAGCGGCCGGAGAGCCUCACUGUAGAGCGGCCGGAGAGCCUCACUGUAGAGCGGCCGGAGAGCCUCAGCAUAAAACUGGAGAGCCUCACCGUGGAGCAGCCAAAGAAACUCACUGUAGAGCAGCCGGAGAGCCUCAGCGUAAAACAGGAGGGCCUCAUCAUGGAGCAGCCGGAGAGCCUCACUGUAGAGCAGCCAGAGAGCCUCACUGUAGAGCAGCCGAAGAGACUCACUUUAGAGCGGCUGGAGAGCCUCAUCAUAAAACAGGAGAGCCUUUCCGUGGAGCAGCCGGAGGGUCUCAAUGUAGAGCCGCCGGAGAGCCUCACCGUGGAGGGGCCAGAGAGCCUCACCGUGGAGCGGCCGGAGAGCCUUACCAUGGAGCGGCUGGAGAGACUCACCAUAAAACAGGAGAGCCUCGCUGUAGAGCGGCCAGAAAACCUCACCGUAAAACAGGAGAGUCUCACUGUAGAGCGGCCGGAGAGCUUCGGCGUAAAACAGGAGAGUCCCACCGUGGAGCGGCCGGAGAGACUCACCAUAAAACAGGAGAGCCCCACCGUGGAGCGGCCGGAGAGACUCACCAUAAAACAGGAGAGCCUCACCGUGGAGCAGCAAGAGAGUCCCACUGUAGAGCGGCCGGAGAGACUCAUCGUGAAACAGGAGAGCCUCACCGUGGAGCGGUUGGAGAACCUCACAAUAAAACAGGAGAGCCUCAAUGUGGACCAGUCAGAGAGCCUCACUGUGGAGCGGCCAGAGAGCCCCACUGUGAAACAGGAGAGCCCCACCGUGGAGCGGUCAGAGAGCCUCACUGUGGAGCAGCUGGAGAGUCUCCCAAAGAAGUUGCAGACUGUAUUUAUUCUCAACCUUGUUCCUCUCUCUUCCCCAUGCUCUCCAACUUCUCUCUCUCAUUCUACUACUUUUACAGCUUUUCUUCCUCCACACUCUUCUCCACCUCCAAUACCAUGCUCUAAGUCUUUGCGACAGAGGAAGAAAAGGUCAAAACCCUCAAUCUGUUCACCAGCACAUUCUGCCACCUCGGUCUCUCCUCCAUCUCUCAUCACCACAGAUAUCUCCCUUCCACAGUCUUGUCCUCCACCUGCUGCCUCCUCCAUCUCCCAGUCCUUGAGUCAGGAGGGGCCAUAUGUGAAGAAGAGAAGAAAGGGUAAGGGUUGCCGAAAAUGUAGUAGGCAGAAGAUCUUCCUAUUUGAUAAAAUAACUGGAGAAAGAAUAAAUGAGGGAAAAGCAGAAUUGAAAGUCCACUGGUUGCCUUGCACUAUGUGUGGCAGAACUUGGGAUGACACAUGGGAGCCUGCCAGCGAGUUCUAACAUGUUUUGCCCGAGUCUCUUCAUUCUCCACGACAGACUAGUCACCAUAAACACCUGGACUCGUCAAGCACACUUCAAUUCUGAGUGUUUGUUGUUGUUGUUUUGCUUGCUGUUCUUUAUUAAAGUUUUUGCACCCUCUUUUAGUAUUUUUAUUUUUUUACACCUUUUGCAUUUGUCAUGAACUGAGUAAC